UCACAAAGUCGCAGAAACUCAAAUUCUUUCAAAGUCUUUCAAUCUCGAGUAAAUCAGAUAAAGCAAAAUUCAAAUCAAUUACAAGUUCAUAAAAGUUUAAUUCAUCCUAAUUCACAAGUGCCUAGAUGUUAUAGUAAAGAAGACAAUACAAAUGAUCCACCACAGACCAUCGCUGCCGGUGCUGCAGGUUGUGCUACUGUGGGUGGUGAAGGUAGCACAAGUGGUACAGGUGGCACAUCAACAAGUGGAUCAACUAGCAUAUCAACAGGUAUAAUAGUAGCAGGUAACUCUUCAGACUGGAAAGAUUCUUCAGACUCAUCAGCAGAUCAGACCAAGGCAAUACUCAUAUAA